UAACCAAUUUUUGGCAGGCAACAUCACGUGUCUUGCCCCAAACCAAACCAAACUAUCGUCAUGUCCCAUCCUGUGCUGUUGUCCUCGUUGGCUUUGAAAUCUCUCUCAUCUUCAAACCGUCAACAACCUCACAGUCUAGUAUUUUCAUUGCCCCCUCUCCCCCCUCAUUUCUCUGACACAGCAUAGUACAAAAAUAAUCCACCAUAGCACUUGGCCCGUGUACAUACCCUGAAAUCACACGCCACUUCCCCUUGCCCCCUUCCCCCCCCUCCCUCUCUCUGUUCUACCUCCUAUUUCAGCGGGAUCAGGUAAGAUAAUAUAACAUAGAAGAUCCCGGCUUAGGUUACCUUGACUUCACAAACGCUUCAUUUGCUUCCGACCUCUCAUUUUCCCUUUUCUUUUUGGACCAUAAACCAGCCUCUCCCCGCUGAUAUCAAUCGAUCGAAACCCGCCCCCUUCCGCCCAGCGCUCUACCUAUUACGAACCUCCCUGCCCUCUUCCUACCCUCCUCCUACCUUACGAACUCGACGUGCUUUCGUCUGAUAACCAACCCAAGCCCAAGGCAAAAUUCGAUAUACACAACUGAAUUGGGCUGGAAAAAAAUCUUUCACGUCUGGGGACGGUUACACCGUUUUCUCAUCUCGGGUUCUCUCUCUUUUUCGUCUCGUCUCUUUUUGAGUGGUUUUCAGAAACGGCUGAACCGGCUGGCUACACGGCUUUAGGAGGGAGAAUACGAAAGUCUCUUGUUUCUUUUGUUAACGGGAGGAAGAAUCGGUGGUUGGAAUCCAGCAAAAGUUCUUGACUUUUUUGAUUCUGCUCUUUUUUUCUCAUUUUGUUGUUAAGGGUCUACGGCGCAAACGUAACAGAAAAGUAUCAGGGGGAAAAACACACGGGACGCUGUUUUUGUGUGUGUGUGUACGGGAUGCAAGGGUAGGAAACGGGAAAAAUACGAGACGAGAAGGACGGGGUAUCAGGCAGACAACAGGCGAGGCUUGUUGUGUGGUAUCCUUUGCAUAUACUUUGCACAUAUAACGCUUUUGUUUUGGUGAUUGUGUACCUGGAGCGCAGGGGUUUUCUUUUUGCAAGAUGUUGAAGAUAUUGUCUUUGAAAAAGAAGCAGCAAGAGGAGGCUGCUGCUGCUGGGCAGGUCAAGAAUAAAGUCGGAGGUGCUAAAACCCGAAUUCAACAUGAUCUAAUCCGGGUCGGAGAACAGGAGGAAGACAGCAGAGGGACUGCACGUCCGAUUAAAUUUCUGUGGAAGGAUGGUGAUGACCCGUUUCAUUUUAGCGUAUUGAUCGAGCCUGACGAGGGUGUGUACAAGGGUGGUUCGUUUAAGUUCGACUUUGAGAUUCCCGAACACGAGUACCCGUAUGCACCUCCUCGAGUAAAGUGCACUCAGAAGAUAUACCACCCGAAUAUCGAUCCGCAAGGGAAUGUGUGUCUGAAUAUACUGCGAGAAGGGUGGACAGCCGCGCUGGAUGUCCAAGCGGUUGCAUUUGGCCUACUGCAUAUCUUCAUGCACACUACAUACGAAGAUCCCUUGAUCCAAGAAGUCGCUGAUGACCUUCGGCUAAACCGUGAGGGCUUCAAGCGCAACGUUCGAACAGCCAUGCAGGGGGGAACAGUGAGGAAUAUAAAGUACGACCGUGUCCUGAAGGGCUGAGAUGAGCCAGGUGAUUACAGUAGCAAUAGAGGCGUUGUACUGAACGGGACAAAAAAUAGAGCGGGGUUAGCAGAGCAAAAUUCCGAGGAUAUCAUCGAAACGAGUAACUAUGUCCAAACUUUGAAUGGGAUAGAGAUAUUGUAAUAGCGUACUGUACAUACACUGCAUGUGCGCGGUCCUCAUUUUUUUUUGUUUUUGCGUUCCGUCCGCGAAUUAUCUUUAGAAUUAUUUUAUUUUCACGUCUGCCCCUCCAUCUAAAAAACCGUUAGGGUUGUUCAGUUCAUUAGCCCGAUGUACUGGCUGUGCCCGUGAGUUAAUAAUGUCAUGUCACACAGUAUGCAGCAGAGUUGAAUAUCCUUUCCCAA